UAUACCCGUAGAAGAAGAGUCAUCCUGACUUCAGUCGUUUACGGAAGUCGAGUCAACAUGGAUAAUUUGCUUUACAGCAAUAAUUCAUCGAUUAAUUCAUCACUAAAAGACGAGUUCUAUGCAGAUUUCCUUGCUAAGGAUUUUGAUGUUAAGAUAUACACUGCCCAAGCUAUCCAUCAUGCUGUUAUUGCUGAACAGCUAGCAAAACUGGCACAAGGAAUCAGUCAACUUGACAAAGAGCUUCACAGCCAGGUGGUUGCCAGACAUGAAGACUUGUUGGCUCAGGCAACCGGAAUAGAGUCUCUUGAAGGGGUCCUCCAGAUGAUGCAGACGAGGAUUAGCGCGCUACAAGCCGCAGUCGACAGGAUAAGAACCAAAAUAGUUGACCCGUACAAUAAGAUCACAGCCAGGAUCACCCAAUUGAGCAGAUUACAGGUGGCUUGCGAUCUUCUGCGGAGAAUUAUUCGAAUCUUGCACCUCAGCAAAAGGCUUCAAGUUCAACUGCAGGGCGGCAGUCGGGAAAUAACCAAGGCUGCACACAGUCUCAACGAGCUAGAUUAUCUGUCUCAAGGAGUCGAUUUGAGUGGCAUUGAGGUGAUUGAGAAUGACCUGGUACUGAUCAGUAGAGCAAGGCUGGAGGUGGAGAACCAGGCCAAACGAUUACUGGAGCAGGGCAUGGAAAUUCAGAAUCCAACGCAGGUUGGCACAGCCUUGCAGGUUUUCUACAACCUCGGUAGUCUGAGGGAGACCAUCAGCGCUGUUGUGGGCUCUUACCAGAAUAGCAUACAAGACAACAUCGUCAGUGCUCUGGACAUCAAGGGUCUGACGCAAUCAACAAACCCCAGAGGCGCCCCUGGAAGAGCAGUUCUCCCAACCCCAGGCAGCACGGCAACUUUUCGCGCUGCUCUUUGGACAAACUUGGAGAAACUCAUGGACCAGAUAUGCGCCGCGUGCAAACAAGUGCAACAUCUUCAAAAAGUCCUCAUGAAGAAGCGAGACCCCGUCACUCAUAGGUGUUUCAUCGAUGAGCUUAUUAAGGAUGGCGACCAUGAUAUCCUCUACACCUUUUGGACUGACGUAACCACCAAACUAAGAGAAGAAUUUCACGCAGCAACUCAAGCCUCGUCAUUCCUGAAGCAAGCGUUUGAAGGAGAGUAUCCCAAAUUGUUGCGACUCUACAACGAGCUUUGGCGCCGUCUCCAGCAGUAUAGCGCUAGCUUGCACAGCUCGCUGAUGAACACUAGCGGUACAGAUGCUACUCUGGAGCCAGAAACGGACAACUUUGAUUUGUUCUCUCAGGGUAAACCAGACUACAACCCGGAGAAGGUUCUGAAGGAUUCUCUUCAUCCGUAUGAAGCGGCAUACUUGUCCAAGUCUCUUUCUCGUCUGUUUGAUCCUAUAAAUCUCGUAUUCCCAAUGGGUGGGCGCAACCCACCUUCCAACGAUGAGUUGGAGAGCAUCAUCAAGACCAUCAGUAGCGAAUUAAAUGUAGCAUCUAUAGAUUCCGAUCUCUCGCUUGCUGUUGCCAAGAACGCGGCCAAGACCGUGCAGCUCUUCUGCGUCAAGUCUGAACAACUGUUGUGUACUCAGAGUGAUGCCAGUCAGGUGAUCGCGCCAUUAACUGAAGGUCAGAGACGGAACACUGCAGUGGUCAACUCACUUUACCGUCUACAGCAGGCUGUUGCCAAGAUUAUUUCAGGUUUGGGGUCAAAUCUGGUAGCUCCAACAGAGGCUCUUUCUUCUUCUUUGGAGGAAGUGCAGUCCUUGAUGAACAGCGCAGUCCAUCCUCUAUUGCAGUCAGUAAGCGAUUCCAUAGAGGCCAUAAUUAUCACGUUACACCAGGAGGACUUCUCAGGAAAGCUGCCAGAGUCGGAUAAGCCUGAUGUCCUCUGCUCCCUCUACAUGAAGGAGUUACAGGGCUUUAUUUCAAGAGUCAUGACAGACUACUUCAGACAUUUCGAGUGUAUAGAUUUCAUCUACGAAAGCACGGAAUCCAUAGCUCAGCGUGCCAUCGAGCUGUUCGUACGACAUGCUAGCUUGCUCCGCCCACUGGGCGAAGGUGGGAAGAUGCGGUUGGCGGCUGACUUUGCACAGAUGGAGAUGGCUGUCGCUCCACUAUGCAGACGAGUGUCUGAUUUGGGCAAACCUUACAGAGUGCUUCGGUCCUUUAGACCGCUGCUGUUUCAGGCGAGCAAUCUGAUUGUCAAGAGUCCAGCUGUGGGUGACUUGAUCCCUUACAGCACCGUGCUUCACUUCCUGUUCUCAAGAGCGCCACCUGAACUUAAAUCGCCUCACCAGAGAGCAGAGUGGUCCAUCGCACGCUACUCCCAGUGGAUGGACGAUCAUCCCUCAGAGAGGGAUCGUCUCGCGCUUAUGAAGGGAGCUUUGGAGGCGUACGUCCAGUCCGUAAGGGCUCGCCAGGGAAAGGAAUUUGCGCCGAUAUAUCCCAUAAUGCUCCAGUUGUUGCAGAAAGCUACUUCAUCGGAAGCACAUGGAUAACAAAAUUAACAACCAGUCAGUGUGGUUGAUAAUAAUGUUAUGGUCAUUUCUGUUGCUAUGCUACAUUUGGAAUGAAUUAAAAAUACUGUACAACUAAGGGAAAUGAGCAUGCUAGCACACUUCGAAUGAAGGUACAAAUGUGAGGAAUAGUUUUGCGUAUUUAUUAGCGAUUUGUUUUUGUUUUUUCAAAUAAGUGUUUUCAGAUGGGCCAUUUCCAUUGGUUGGGAGGUGGCUCUUCAAUCAGUGGCUCCCAUGAUUUCCACUCGGCCAUCUUUCUUGACAAAGCCAACUCGCACUCCGCCUGUAAACAUCACAUUCAUGGUUACACUCAUUCAUAACUGUUAGCACCACUGUUAGUAUUACCUGGAAUAUCACUUCUUCAAUCUGUCCACCAUUGAUCUUCUUCUCCAACUUCUCCACAUCAGUUUCCUGUUUGGGAAAGCGUUAGUAUUGUCAAGGCAAUCGCACCUAAAGUUCAGACUUACAGUUUUGACAUGGUUAAACCGCUCGUUGACCAACUGUUCCGUAUACUUCCUGUAUGCGGCGUCUGGCGGAAUGGCCUGCAAGGAUGUCAGGAUUUUGGAGUACAGAAUCCUCAGUCGCUAAAACACAGAAGUGUAGUUUUAGAGGAAUCUAGAUGUCACUCAUUCUGGUUCACAAGUCACAAUUGCAAUUGGAUCUCAUUAACAAAUAAAACAAGCGUAUGCGGUUUUUACUAGACACAAUCAAGUUGUAGCGCAUCAACAAUUUUCUAAUUAAACGUAUAUUCAUGCAUGUGUAUAUUUGAUUUGAAUCGUUCUGACAAAAAUGUUAAAAAAUUGGGGACUGAGGUUAAAAUGCGAUUAAUCAGGAUUAAUUAGAAAGUCCAGUAAUUCGAUUUCUUAAAAUCAAUUACCAACACUAUUAAUAAUAGUAUGUUAGCAUUUUUAAAAAGAUAUGUUCUUCUCGACUAUGUCACGCAACGUCUUCUUACCUCAUGUGGAUUGUGGGAGACUGCCAAACCAACUAGGCCGGUUGUCUACAAAAAAAGCAUUUGAGAUAUUUUGAAACGACUCGUGCAGCUAAAUAACAAACAAGCUAAUCUCCACGCUCGCUUUUAACUAUGCAAACGGACUUUUAGGUAGCAAUGCAACAAAACACACAAUUCAAGCUUUAAAGUUACUCGUUUUUAUCAAAACCACAAACAUUGACCUUUAUUUGUACCUUUUUCAAGAGUCCGGCCAUCGCGUAUCAACACAGGACGGCGUUAGCUGCAAUAUCCGGCCACUGAUUUUGACGUCACGUGGAUUCGCGGCACGUUUUCAUUUUUUUUUUUUUAAACUGAACAAUAUACAUACAAAACAAAGCACUCAAGUAUCUACAGCAAAUACAAUAUUACAGAUUGAGCAUAACCGAACAACCAAUAGAAACGACAACAACAACAAACACAAAAGUAAACAAAUUAACUUUUUUCUUUUGAGAGAGGACUUACUAAACCAACUUAAAAUGUUUGAAUAAAGAAAACAAAUGAUGGGCCUUCCCAUCGAUCACAUCCAAGACUUUGCAAUAUAUAGAGAACUCAUUUCUCCAGUAAGCCAUACACGGUUUGGUUUUAAAAAACCUACACUUAUGGACAAAAGAAUUCCUCAUUAGCAAUAUUACAUUUAAAACAAAUUCUAAAUUUUUAUCCUUUAGAUAAACACCAAAUAAAAUUGUGUCCUCUGUCAGGGGUACAUCGAUAUUCUUAGAUUGCAGCCAAUCGUUUAAUUGACUCCAGAAGGAAUGAACAGCAUUGCAGUGAAAAAAUAUGACUUAAAAUUUCUAAAUCCACAUCGCAAAAAGUACAGUUAUUGGCUUCAAAACCAAAUUUCAAUCUUAAAAAUUCUUUCGUUGGGUAAAUUUCGUUCAAAGCUUUUAAUUUGACCUCCUUAGCUUUAGGAGGUACUAGAAAUGAAAAUAAUUUCCCCAUAUACUUUUAAUCUUAUCGAUCUCAAAUAAUUUCAAAAUAUGUAUCUUCUUAAUUGGAUUCGGAUACGUUUUCAUUCUUGAUUGUUCGUUUUUGUGAUCAUGUUCAUAAAAAAAUGAAAUUCUCCGUUAUGCCAAAUUUUUCAUUCACAAACAAAAGUAAUUUAAAGAAACUUCCUAAAUUUGCAUUUUUCCAAUGAGUAAUAGUUAGUAAACGGGUGAAAAUAUGCCAUUUUCCCCCCUGAAGCCUCUGGUCGAAAAUUCGAUAUCAUUUUUACAUGUUAAACUGUAUGUAUGUGUUUUUUGUUGUUGUUUUUUUUUUUGUUUUUUUUACUGUCUUUUAUAGUGCAAGGAUAAUGUAACCGUCUUGAUUGCAUCUGUAUGUGUCAUUUUUGUUGUCAACUGUUUUGUGAAGCAGAUGUUUAUGUAUGCUUGUAUGUUCGAGGGAAAACAAAUAAAUACCUGACUGCA